CAUGUCCCCCCUCUGGACUGUCCUCAUCGUUCCUUGGAGCUGUCCUCAUGCCCCCCACCCCGGGUUGUCCGUGUCUCCUCCGGGCUUUCCCCACAUCUUCCCGGCCCGUCCGCCUCCCGGUGACUCCGCACCGUGCCCAGAGCGGGGCUCCGUGCGGCCGAACCGGGUCGGGGGACGCGGGGUUGGAGGGCACCGGGAGCUGCGGUUGGUCCGGUGGUUGCCGGGGUCGCGGGGUCCUCCGAACUCCCGGUUGCAGCGAUGCGGCGUGUUUGUCCUCGUGAGAUGAGUGAGCAGAUUCCCACGCGAGUUCCCCGGGAGGAUCCAGGGAUUCUCUGGUUAUUUUGUCCCGAAAAGAGCCGCCACCCCCGCGGGGCUGGGGCUCCCCCGGACCGGCAGUUCCGCGGCACCCUCCGAUUCCAGCGGAUGGGGACACUCAGACACCUCUGUCUCCCCGUGUCACCCCCACCCGGCAUCUCCUUCUUUCUCUCCGUGUCACCCCAGCUGACCCCGGUGCAUCCCCGGAGGAAUCCUACCCCCGGACCCACUCGUGUCCGGCCCCGCAGGCCGGAUUAGGCGGAUUUCCCAGCCGGGAUCCUAAUCCCGCUGCCCCGUGCCCGUUUAUCCCGCCUGCGCCCGGGACCCGGCUUAGCCCCGGGCGCGGGCGGGUGGCGGCGAGCGCGGGGCGGCGGUGAGUGCGCGGCUCCUCCGGCCCCGGGGCAAAACGAGGGGCAAGCCCGGGGGUGGUGGUGCUGUCCCGGGCUCGUGGUGACCGGGGAGCCGCCCCGGAGCUCGGUUCUCCCCGGGCGUGGGCGGGUGCACCGGGCGGAACGCUGCGGGUUGGGUCGUGCCGCCGCCGCCACCGGGCUCGUCGCGGAGCCGCCUUGGCAGAGCUUUGCUGCCGGGCCCCGGAGCUGCUGGCCCCGCUCCAGGGUGGGUGAAUUCCCGGGAACUGGCAGAGAGGCGGCUGCUACCCCCGUGGGAUGCGGGUGUCAGAAGUCGCCCUCGAGCCCACUGCACCGGAGCAAUUCGGCUCCUGGGCUGAUGAGAGCCCCACCCACAUCCCUCUCACGGGGAAAAUGAGGCACGGGCAGGUCUCAGCCUCUCCCGGGCUGCCCAGAUCCUUCCUGGGGUGCCGGACUGCUCCUUGUGUCCGGCAUGGGUGCUCCUGGCUCCUGGACAGAGCUCGUGCCCAAUUCUGCUGCUUUUGGUUUAGGAAAGAAUUUGAUUUGAGCCUUUAGCUCCGGAAAGGAGCUUUGCUGCCGGAAUGCCGUCCGGCUCCUGCCGGUCCCGGAGCUCAGCCCUGUGCCCGGCACCGUGCCCGGGGUGUGAUAAGCCCCGAAGCAGAAGGAAGUGAGGGCUCAACCAUCGCACCCAGCUCGGGGCUGCCCCCCCUGCUCUCACCCGCAGCCGGAGCCGAGCGGGGCCCGCGACCCCCGCGAUGGCCGUGGGCACCCAGCUGGGGCUGCUGCUCUGGAAGAACUUCACCUACCGCCGGCGGCAGCGGAUCCAGCUGGCUAUCGAGAUCCUGUGGCCCCUCUUCCUCUUCCUUAUCUUGAUCUCAGUGCGGCGAUCCCACCCGCCCUUCAAGCAGCAUGAGUGCCACUUUCCCAACAAGGCGCUGCCCUCUGCGGGGACCCUGCCCUGGCUGCAGGGCAUCAUCUGCAACAUGAACAACCCCUGCUUCAGGCACCCCACGGCGGGAGAGGCCCCUGGCGUGGUGGGCAACUUCGAUGGCUCCAUCGUCUCCCGUCUCCUGACCGAAGUCCGGCAGGUCCUGCUCCGCGGGCACGGGCAGCGGCUCCUGCACAGCUUUGCCCGGCUCCUGCCCGCCCUGCGCCGGCUCCGGGACAGCGGGAACCAGCGGAGGGCUCUGCCGGUGAGGGAAUACUUGAGAGAGGACGAGACUUUCUCCCGGUUCCUGCGGACCAACACAUCCCUGCCCCCGGCGCUGGUGGAUGAGCUGAUGGGGGCUCGGCUCAGCCCCCGCAUCUUCUCCUUGGCGAGCAUUCGCCUCCCGCUAAAGGCUCUGGUCUGCAACGCCUCGGUCCUGGGGGGAUUCCUGGUGGGUGGUGACGCCGACUCCACCCAGAGCCUGCAGCAAGGACUCUGCGCGAUGCCCAGCUCCCAGCUCCGUGCCAUGGAGGGCUCCUUCCUCUCCCAGAUGGACUUCCCACGGCUCCUGGCGGAACAGCUGAGCUCAGAGUUGGGCGGAAUCGCAGGCACCGUGGAAGCUUUGGGCAGCUUCCUGCGGGAUGCAGCAUCCCUGAUGGAGGAGGUCUCCUCCAUGACCAGCCUGGCUGAGCUGCGUCAGGAGAUUGUGGGGCUGAGGGCCCCCAACAGCAGCAUGGGUGCCGAGAUUGUGGGGCUGAGGACCCCCAACAGCAGCACGGGUGCCGAGAUUGUGGGGCUGAGGACCCCCAACAGCAGCACGGGUGCCUUCAGAGCCCUGUCACGCAUCGCCUGUGGCCACCCCGAGGGUGGGGGGCUCAGGAUCCCCUCCCUCAACUGGUACGAGGACAAUGAUGUCAAAGCCUUCCUGGACCGUAACAGCUCUGAGCACAGACCCGUGGCCUCAGGCAGCACCAGUCCCUUCUGCAGGGAGCUGCUCCGCAGCCUGGAGUCCAGCCCCCUCUCGCAGAUCUUCUGGCGGGGGAUCAAGCCCCUCUUUGUGGGGAAGAUCCUGUACACCCCACCUGGGCCUGGCCCCGACAGUGUCAUGGCUGAGGUGAAUCGGACCUUUCGGGAGCUAGCCGUGCUGGGGGAGUUGGGGGGUGCCUGGCAGGAGCUGGGACCCCGAAUCUACACCCUCCUCAACAGCAGCCUGGAGACGCAGGUGCUCCAGGACCUGCUGCUGGCCCCAAGCACAGCCCAGCUCCUGGAUGGGUUCCUCAACGGCACCUCCUGGAAGCUGCCAGAGCUGGUCACAUUCCUGACGGGGCCAGCAGGGGGACCAGGCCUCACCUGGCACCAGGUGUACGCUGAUGUGGAUGCAGUCCUGAGCACGCUGUCACAGUUCAUGGAGUGUGUCUGCCUGGACAAGAUUGAGGCAGUGGCCACCGAGGAGCAGCUGGUAGCCCGAGCCCUGGAGCUGCUGGAGGAGCAGCAGUUUUGGGCAGCAGUGGUCUUCCAGCCCCCCCUCAAUGCCACAGCCCCUGGACUGCCACCCCACGUCCGCUACAAGAUCCGCAUGGACAUUGACGACGUCACGAGGACCAACAAGAUCAAGGACAGGUUUUGGGACCCAGGCCCUGCAGCUGACCCCUUCAGUGACCUGCGCUACGUCUGGGGGGGCUUCGUGUACAUUCAGGACCUGGUGGAGCAGGCGGUGGUGAGGGUGCAGACUGGGGCUGCCCCACGGACAGGGGUCUACGUCCAGCAGAUGCCCUACCCCUGCUACGUGGAUGAUGUGUUCUUGAGGGUCCUGAACCGCUCACUGCCUCUCUUCAUGACUCUGGCCUGGAUCUACUCAGUGGCCAUGAUCAUCAAGGGGGUGGUGCACGAGAAGGAGACGCGUCUCAAGGAGACCAUGAAGACCAUGGGGCUGAGCAGCGGGAUCCUCUGGCUCAGCUGGUUCCUCAGCAGCUUCAUCCCCUUCCUCCUCAGCUCUGCCCUCCUUGUCCUCAUCCUCAAGCUGGGAAACAUCCUGCCCUACAGCGACCCAGCUGUCAUCUUCCUCUUCCUCGGCACCUUCUCAGUGGCCACCAUCAGCCAGUGCUUCCUCAUCAGCACCUUCUUCCCCCGUGCCAACCUGGCCUCGGCGUGCGGUGGCAUCAUCUACUUCUCGCUGUACCUGCCCUACGUGCUGUGCGUCGCCUGGCGCGACUACAUCACCUUCCCAAUCCGUGUCCUUGUGAGCCUGCUGUCCCCCGUGGCCUUUGGUUUUGGCUGUGAUUACUUCUCCCUCUACGAGGAGCAGGGCGUGGGCAUCCAGUGGCAUAACCUGGCUGCCAGCCCCGUGCCAGGAGACCCGUACAGCUUUGCUGCAGCCAUGGGGCUGCUGCUGCUGGAUGCUGUCCUCUACGGCCUGGCCACCUGGUACCUCGAGGGUGUCUUCCCAGGUCAGUACGGGAUCCCCAAGCCCUGGAAUUUCCCCUUUCUGAAGAGCUCCUGGUUUGGAGAGUCAUCCUCAUCUGGGCACUGCCUGUACCACACCAGCUCCCACACUGCACCCCAAGUGCUGGUGGAGGAGCCACCUGCUGAUCUCCAGCCCGGCGUCUCCAUCCGUAACCUGGUGAAGGUCUAUGGCAGCAGCGGCCGUGCGGCCGUCAACGGGCUGAGCCUGGACUUCUAUGAGGGGCAGAUCACGUCCUUCCUGGGCCACAACGGUGCUGGAAAGACCACCACCAUGUCCAUCCUGACUGGCCUCCUGCCCCCCACCUCGGGCACUGCCUAUGUCCUGGGCCGGGACAUCCGCUCCGAUAUCGACAGCAUCCGCAAAUCCAUGGGGAUGUGUCCCCAGCACAACGUGCUCUUCGACAUCCUGACGGUGGAGGAGCACGUCUGGUUCUACGGGCGGCUGAAGGGGCUCUCGGAGCAGCAGGUGCAGGAGGAGAUGGAGCAGCUGCUCCAGGACACGGGGCUGCCCCACAAGCGCCGGGAGCAGACCAGGAACCUCUCGGGCGGGAUGCAGCGGAAGCUCUCGGUGGCCAUCGCCUUCGUGGGCGGCUCCCGGGUGGUGAUCCUGGAUGAGCCCACGGCCGGAGUCGACCCCUUCUCCCGCCGCAGCAUCUGGGAGCUGCUGCUCAAGUACCGCAGAGGCCGCACCAUCAUCCUGUCCACCCACUACAUGGACGAGGCAGAGCUCCUGGGGGACCGCACUGCCAUCAUCUCUCAGGGCCGGCUCUGCUGCUGUGGGUCCCCCCUCUUCCUCAAGGCCAGGCUUGGCACAGGGUACCACCUCACCCUGGUGAAGCGGGACAGGAGCGGGACAGGCAGCAACACUGGCACUGCCCCCAGUGUCACCAGAAAGGAUGGCAGUGACUCAGAGCGCAGCAGUGACACGGGCCUGGGCAGCGAGCGGGGCAGCGACGCCAGCGCCGUGGAUGUGGCCCAGCUGUCGGCGCUGAUCCAGAAGCUGGUCCCUGGCUCCCGGCUGGUGGAGGACAUCGGGCACGAGGUGCUCUUUGUCCUGCCCUACAGCGGGGCCAGGGAUGGGGCCUUUGGGGAGCUGUUCCGUGAGCUGGACGCACGCCUGGGGGAUCUGGGGGUCUCCAGCUACGGCAUCUCUGACACCACCCUGGAAGAGAUUUUCCUGAAGGUGGCUGAGGACACAGCACUGGACACUGACACCACAGGCACCAUGAAAGGAGCAGUCCCUGGCGAGAUGGGGGAUGGGGAUGUGGCCGAUGGAGAGAUGGCGGAGGAGCCCCGGGAGACGGACCUGCUGCGGGGGGCGGCGGGGCAGGCGUGCGGCAGGGUGCGGGGCUGGGCGCUCACCGGCCGCCAGCUCCGCGCUCUCUUCACCAAGAGGAUGCUCCACGCUCGGCGCAGCACCCGCGGCUUCUUCGCGCAGAUUGUCCUCCCCGCCGUCUUCGUCUGCAUCGCGCUGCUCUUCAGCCUCAUCGUGCCGCCCUUCGGGAAGUACCCGCCGCUGCAGCUCCAGCCCUGGAUGUACGGGCAGCAGUUCACCUUUUUCAGCAACGAUGCCCCGGGAGAUCCCGACACAGCCCGGCUGCUGGAGGCGCUCCUGGCCGAGCCCGGCUUCGGCACCAAGUGCAUGAAGGAAGAGGGGAAGGCGGCAGGGCUGUGCCCACCAGCUUCCCACCCCGAUGGCUUCUCGGCCCCCUCAGCCCCCCCAUCCCUGCUGGAGGUGCUGCAGCGUGGGAAUUGGACACGGGCCAAGCCAUCCCCUCCCUGUCAGUGCAGCGGGCCAGGGGCACACAGGAUGCUGCCUGAGUGUCCUGAGGGGGCCGGGGGGCUCCCACCACCCCAGGUGCAGAGGGGCACAGGGGACAUCCUUCAGAACCUGACGGGCAGGAACAUCUCUGACUACCUGGUGAAGACCUAUCCCCAGAUCAUCCGUCAGGAGCUGAGGAACAAGAAGUGGGUGAAUGAGCAAAGGUACGGUGGCUUCUCCCUGGGUGCUGGCAGCUCCCAGGCCCUGCCGUCGGCAGCAGAGGUGGAUCAGGCAGCGCUGGAGCUCCGGGUGCUGCUCAACAUCACCCUGGGCAGCCCCUUGGAUCGGCUCCUGGCCAACCUCAGCCGCUUCAUCGAGGGUUUGGAUGCCCGCAAGAAUAUCAAGGUUUGGUUCAACAACAAGGGCUGGCACGCCAUGGUCUCCUUCCUCAACGUGGCCAGCAAUGGGCUGCUGCGAGCCCGGCUGCCCCCCGGCAGCGACCCCGCGCUCUUCGGCAUCACGGCCACCAACCACCCCCUGAACCUCACCAAGGAGCAGCUCUCCGAGGCCGCCCUGAUGGCCACCUCUGUGGACGUGCUGGUCUCCAUCUGCGUGAUCUUCGCCAUGUCCUUCGUCCCGGCCAGCUUCGUCGUCUUCCUCAUUGAGGAGAGGGUCAGCAAGGCCAAGCACCUUCAGUUUGUCAGCGGGAUGAAGCCCAUCACCUACUGGCUGGGCAACUUCGCCUGGGACAUGUGUAACUACCUGGUCCCCGCGCUGCUGGUCAUCCUCAUCUUCCUCUGCUUCCAGCAGGAAUCCUACGUGUCCUCGGCCAACCUGCCCUCCCUGGUGCUGCUGCUGCUGCUCUACGGAUGGUCCAUCACCCCCCUGAUGUAUCCAGCCUCCUUCCUCUUCAGCAUCCCCAGCACUGCCUACGUGGCUCUGACCUGCAUCAACCUCUUCAUUGGCAUCAACGGCAGCGUGGCCACCUUUGUGCUGGAACUCUUCGUGGACCAGAACCUCAAUGACAUCAACCGUGUCCUGAAGAAGGUUUUCCUCAUCUUCCCCCACUUCUGCUUGGGCCGAGGCCUCAUUGACAUGGUGAAGAACCAGGCAAUGGCUGAUGCCUUUGAGAGGUUUGGGGACAAGCGCUUCGUGUCCCCCCUCUCCUGGGACCUGGCAGGGAAGAACAUGUUUGCCAUGGCCAUCGAGGGCAUUGUCUUCUUCCUCUUCACCCUCCUGCUGCAGUACCACCAGCUCUUCCUGCGACUGGGCCCACGGGCUCUGGAGCUGCCCUCGCUGGGAGAUGAGGACCAGGACGUGGCCAGGGAGCGGGCGAGGGUGGGCAGCAUCCCCCCACACGGCCACCUCCUGCUUCUGAAGGACCUGACCAAGGUGUACCGGCGCAGGAAGGCUCCGGCCGUGGACCGGCUCUGCGUGGCCAUCCCCCCUGGGGAGUGCUUUGGCCUCCUGGGGGUGAACGGUGCUGGGAAAACUUCCACCUUCAAAAUGCUGACAGGGGACACGGAGGUGACGCUGGGGGAGGCCUGGUUGAAGGGGCACAGUGUACUCACCGACCUCCAGUCUGUCCACCAGCACAUGGGUUACUGUCCCCAGUUUGACGCCAUCACAGACCUGCUGACGGGGCGGGAGCACCUGGAAUUCUACAGCCGCCUGCGUGGCAUCCCAGAGGAGGAGACCCCCAGGGUGGCUCAGUGGGGCAUCACUGCCCUGGGGCUGGGCCCGCACGCGGACCGGCCGGCGGGCAAGUACAGCGGGGGCAACAAACGCAAGCUCUCCACAGCCAUCGCCCUCCUCGGCUGCCCCCCCGUUGUUUUCCUGGAUGAGCCCACGACAGGGAUGGACCCGCAAGCGCGGAGGUUCCUGUGGGAGCGCAUCCUUGGCGUUAUCCGGGACGGCCGGUCCGUGGUGCUCACGUCCCACAGCAUGGAGGAGUGCGAGGCGCUCUGCACCAGGAUGGCAAUCAUGGUCAACGGCCGGUUCCGCUGCCUGGGCAGCGUCCAGCACCUCAAGAACAGGUUUGGGGAUGGGUACACGGUGGUGGUGCGGGCGGGGGGCCCUGGCCCAGCGGCGGUGCAGACCCUGCUGCAGCAGCACUUCCCUGGCAUCGUGCUGCGGGAGCAGCACGGGGGGCUGCUGCAGUACCACCUGCCUGCCCGUGUCACCUCCCUGGCCACCGUCUUCAGCCUUCUGGCCGCCCACCGUGGCCCCUGCCACAUAGAGGACUACUCCGUGUCCCAGACCACGCUGGACCAGGUCUUCAUGCACUUUGCCCAGGAGCAGAGCGAUGGGGACGCCGGGGAGGUCACAGCCCCAGGGCAGGAUGCAGCCCCCAGCCCCGGGAGGAGGCUGAGCAGGUUCCUGGAGGAUGACAGCUACCAGGAGAGCGCUGUCUGAGUGGGCCAUGGUGUCCCAUGGACCCCCACAGCCCCCUCUCUGGUUGUUACCACAGCACGAGUCAGGGUCACAGGGCUUUGGGGUGCUGCAGCCCCCCAGAGCUGCACAGAAGAGGCCUGGGCAUGUCCUGCCCGCUGACACGGUGUCACCAUCCGACGGGAGAGUGGCUGCUGGGGAGGGGUCAGAGUGCCAGGACAGAGCUGGCCCCGGCUCCCUGCGGUGGGGUUGAUGCCCUGCGUGGGGCUGAGCUGGAUGGGGGGUCUGGGGCUGGCCUUGGGACCCCGCUGCUCCCCACCGGAGCCGGGCUUGCUGUAACAGAACAAUUCAAUAAAAACCCGCGGUACUGCU